UGAGCCGAAGCUUUGACUGACACACACUAAUGCGUGAGCUCACCCACACCCAGCGCGUUUGAGUUUGUGGAAUGCGCCUGCCUGCUGUGAUGGAGACUGACAGGGCAGUAAGCCAGGGUUGACUCACUCACUCACUUUCAGCACUGCGCUUUCUGUACAGAAACGUCGGCUGCACCCUGAAAACUCAUCCACCAAGCUCUGCCUGCUCAGUGCCCACUCAGCACCAAGCACUGAAACUCAGGCUCCUCAUCUUAUAGGGAUUUAUGAGCUGGAUCCUCGUGUGAUGCUCUGAUGACUGCAUGCUAACGUGAGCUAUCAUUUCUCCCACUGGACCAUGGAUACUGCCUGUCCUGGAUGGUAGGGACUCAGCUAGGGACAUUCUAACAGAAGGUUGUACCGGACACUUUGGAAAGGAUGGCAGCGUGCAUAUGGACUCUCAGCCUUGUUCUUACUCUGGCACUGUGGAGCGAAUCUUCUGUACUAGGAGCAAAGAGCCACUAUCCGAGACUACGUCUGUCCCACAAAGAACUGUGGGAGCUGAACAGGACAUGGGUGUUCCUCGCUGCAGAGGGGAGUUUGCAGCACUACACUAUGCUGCUGGAUGAGACUCAAGAGAGGCUGAUUAUUGGAGGAAAAGACAUGCUGUACUCUUUAAAUCUGGACAGAGUCAAUGCACCUCACAGAGAGAUUUACUGGCCGAGUUCUGAGGAGCAGGUGGAGGACUGCCUCAUGCAGGGCAGAGAGAAGCCGGAGUGCGCUAACUACAUCAAGCUAAUACAGCCGAAUAAUGGCACUCACCUGUUAGCAUGUGGAACCGGAGCAUUUAGCCCAGUUUGUGCCUACAUCAGAGUUGGACAUGGACCAGAGCAAGAGGGAGUGUUUCAGUUGGAGUCCGAGCAUAUAGAGAGCGGCAGAGGAAGAUCCCCCUUCCAUCCAAACAGCCCCACAUCCUCAACUGUGUCCAGACAUCAGCUGUUUGUUGGACUUUACACUGAUUACUGGGAGAACGAUGCAGCUCUGUAUCGACUGGGCAGCAACAGCUACACCAGGACUGAGGUUGGAGACAGACAACAACUGAAUGAGCCCAAAUUUGUGGGGUCGGUGGUGAUCCCUGAUAAUGACGAUCCUUCAGAUGAUAAAGUCUACUUCUUCUUCACUGAGAAGGUGUCCAACAUAGAGACGGGAAAUAAAGCCGUCUACAGCAGGGUGGCCCGAGUGUGUGCUAAUGACCAGGGUGGUCAGAGGAUGUUGGUGAACAAGUGGAGCUCAUUUCUAAAGGCUCGGUUGAUAUGCUCAGUUGCAGGGCCCAAUGGCAUCGACACCCACUUUGAUGAGCUGGAGGAUGUGUUUGUGCUAAAGAAGAAAGAUGAUAAGAAUCCUGAGAUUUUUGGCCUAUUCAGCACAACCAGCGCUGUGUUUAAAGGUUAUGCAGUGUGUGUGUAUAACAUGGAGGAGAUCCGAGCAGCGUUUAAUGGACCGUUUGCGCAUCGAGAACAUACCGACCACCACUGGAGUGUGUACGAAGGAAAAGUUCCCUACCCUCGCCCGGGAUCUUGUGCAAGUAAGAUCAAUGGGGGGCAGUUCUCCAGUUCUAAAAGCUAUCCAGAUGAGGUUCUACGCUUCGUACGUUCCCAUCCCCUCAUGUACCAGCCGGUACAGCCGGUUCACAAGCGGCCCAUUCUGCUGGACACAGAUGGAAAACGCAGACUCACUGAGAUCGCUGUGGACAGAGUGGAGGCUGAGGAUGGACAUUAUAACGUCCUGUUUAUUGGGACAGAUGAUUCUGUCGUAUUGAAAUUGAUCACCAUCUUUAAUAAAGAGACCAACACAAUAGAAGAGGUUCUUUUAGAGGAACUUCAAGUUUUCAAGGUUCCAGUACCCAUUACAGAAAUCAUUAUCUCAACUAAAAGACAACAGCUGUAUGUGGGCUCAGAACUGGGCGUGACUCAGGUAAAAGUGCACCAGUGUGGACUGUACGGUUCAGCCUGUGCUGACUGCUGUCUGGCCAGAGACCCGUACUGCGCCUGGGACGGGCACACCUGCUCCAGAUACUACCCUGCAGGAAUUUACACCAAGAGACGCUUUAGAAGACAGGAUGUCCGUCAUGGCAAUGCAGUUCAGCAAUGUAACGGUCUCCAGCUAAAUGAGGCACAGAGCAUCACAGAGCAGUUAGUGUACGGUGUGGAGAAGAACAGCACUUUGCUUGAGUGCAGACCACGGUCCCUCCAGGCUCUGCUCACAUGGUACUUGCUAAAAGAAGCAGAUAUGGAAGAGGUAAAAGGUGAUGAUCACGUCAUCCAUACUCCACAUGGCCUUUUGUUUUUACGGACAAAGAAGUCUGAUGCCGGUGUGUACCUGUGCCAGUCGGUGGAGCAUGGCUUCGUUCAGACUAUAGUGAGGGUCACUCUGGAGGUGCUGGACGAGGAGAGGGUGGAGAGCCUCUUCCACCGGGGAGAAUAUGACGAGAGCGAUGGGCAGCAUCGACUUUCUCCUUGCCCCUUCCCGAGCCUACCGUCCGCAUCUUCCUCCACCAGGCUUUGGUAUAAAGACUUCAUGCAGCUGAUCGGCUACAGUAAUGUCCAGCGGGUGGAGCAGUACUGUGAAAGGGUGUGGUGCGCAUCCGACAAGAAGCGAAAGAAGUUCAAAAACAUGUCUCAGAAAUGGCGGUUCUCUCAAGGGAAUGAGCGGCGUGGAAAAGCUCGGGCACCAAGACACACACGGGACCACCGAAGAUCAGAAUGAAAUGUACAAAAAAUAUACAAGACCCUGAACUGAAUACACAGACCAUGGGGUUGCUCCUACACACUCAGAACAUAUUUAGACUCAUUUUGCCCCUUUUUGCUGUAAUAUAAAGUGUUUAACCAAGGAGGUUUUGUUUGAAUUUUAGUAAUAUGGCUUUUUUUUCUAAACACUAAAUUACAAUGUA